UCAAAACAAUAACAAAGUACGAUUAGAGUCACAAAACGAUACAGCGGAGAAACUAAAAUUGUCUGAAAUAAAAUGUUUUAUAAUACCAAUCUGCAUGUCGGAUGCAAUCAAAGUGAUGGUGGUUUACAGUGCUGCAUUGAUUGCAGGGAAAAGCAGUCGAUAUACUUUGUGAUUUUUGCUAUUUAAUUAUAACUUUCUCGACCGUACUUCCCUCGAGCACCAUCGACCCUGUUCUUGACUUCUCUGAGGAAAACUAUUUUCAUUGAUCAAGAUGACACAAGAAGAUGAAAACCUUUCGGAGAACGAACCGAAUAUUAAUAGUAUGGAUGAAAGUCGGAGUAAAUCAUACAGACUCACAAUGGAAUUUCCUCUAUUUUUCACCAUGUUAUCUAUGUCUUUAUCUGGAGCUGCAAUCAGUAAUUUAAUCCUCUACCGUACUUGCGUGCACUCUUUAAACCAUACACAACAGGAGUGCCAGGUUUUUCUUUCGCCAGUGAAAAAUAAUGGAAGCCAGGCUUUGGAAGAGGAAGUUCAGAAGUACGCAACCUUUGUGUCUAUGGUUAGAACGAUAAUAGAGUCCGUGGCACCUGCAAUACUAUCUUUAUUCCUUGGUGUGUGGUCUGAUAGACAUGGUCGUAAACCAUUGGUUGUAUGGCCGCUGUUGGGUAUGACUGUAAGUGGCGCUCUCAUAGUUGUAUACAGUAUGUUAGAGAGUCUGGGUCCAUGGUGGUUCAUACUGACUGCCAUCCCGGUAUCUUUGUCCGGCGGGUUCACUGCCAUGUUUACUGGAUCAUUCUGUUACGUAAGCGAUAUCUCCGCUAGAGAGAAGAGAUCACUUAGGAUGACGAUUGUUGAAGCCUCUGUAUCAGCUGGUAGUGUCACAGGAGCAAUUCUCAGCUCUUAUUUGUUGAGGGCCGUUGGAAGUGUUUAUUUGCUAGUCAUAUGCACAGGAUUAUCCGCGAUCGCGUAUCUUUUUACGAAUGUUUUUCUCAAAGAAUCUCUAGUUGGUGCUGUUCAGGGAGGAAUAUCUUCAGUUCUGGAUUUCAAACUCAUAAAAGAGAUGUUGAGAACUUGUUUCAAACGUCGUCCAAAUCACGGACGUGCUCAGAUUCUGUUACUCACGAUAGCAAACAGCCUCUCUGUGUUCAUAUUGUUCGGCAAUAUGAGCUUGCAAUAUAUGUACACGAGGCAGAAACUUCAUUGGGCAAUAAAGCAGUACACUUUGUAUUCGGCUGUUCACACAACAGUGUCGUUCUUCGGAUCCUUUUUCGGAGUCAUGAUAGUACAGAAGUUGUUCAAAGUGACAGAUCUGACGUUUUCUACUAUAGCUUAUGUAUCAGAUACCAUUGAAUACGUCAUAAUAACAUUUGCGACCGUUUCCUGGCAAAUGUACGCUGCCGCCGGAAUAUCCCUGUUCCGUGGUCUGUCGUCUCCUCUUAUACGUUCCCUCCUGACGAAGAUCCUCCCACCUGAGGAUAUAGCGAAGGUGUUUGCUCUGAUGUGCGCCAUAGAAGGCAUCAGUCCGUUGAUAUCACCAGCUUUAUACAACUCGCUGUACGCUUACACCAUAUCCACCUUUCCCGGGGCUAUAUACAUGUUGAGUACCGGGAUAUCUUGUGUAUGCGUCAUAUUCUUAGGGUUUGUGCAAUAUUAUAGAUGGAAGGAGUGUUCUAUCACAUACAAUACGCUGACAAGCGAAUCUUAACAUAUUAACGAUAUCUAUGUUAAGAUUAAUAAUAUCAGUGAUUUUUUCGUCACAAAUUAUACACAUUUUGUAUAACAUUUUUAUAUUAGCGUUAAAUGAUAUUGUAAUUAAGUUAACAGUGAUUAAAUCGUAUACAUUCGUAUACAUUUUUUCAUACUUAAUAUAAGAUCGAUUGAACAAGUUAUAUUAAUUAAGGUUUUUUUUUCUAUUCUUUAUGGAAUUAUAGAUUUUUUUUUAGACUUUUUGUGAAUUUUAUACUUAAAUCACCCGAUAUAAACACGACAUGAUCAGUGGUGAUAUUUUUUUUUAUUAAGCGGUUUACUUGUAUACAUUUUCAUUGAUUUUAUUAAUGAUAAGAAAUAUUCUUAUAGUGGUUACCUCAUGCUGUACUCUACUCGUGACAUGUGAUACAUUUUUAUAAAGCGAGUAUAACUCGAAGGCAAUACAUAUCGAUUUUCAAAUAAUUAAUUUUAACGAGAUCUAAGAUUUUCGCGAGUUUUAUUCAUUUAAAUUAAUUUUAAGUCACUAAUUCUCCAGAUGAAUAUUUUUUUUACGAAAUUUGUUUUCAUGUAGUCGAAUACUCAAAGUCUUUUAGUUUUAUAUGAUAGCGAAAUAUAUGAUGUUUACAAUC